UUUCUAAUAGCACAGUGGAGAAAGUUAGAGGGUGACAGGCAAAGAUAAGAAGGAGACCUAAACAGCCUGACAGGAGGAAGCCAAUGAGUUAAAGAAGCAGAGGACGGGAUUAAAGUAGGGGAACAGAAGAGAAAGAGGAAGACGAGUUCAUCCUGGAAUGACUGUGAACUAGAAUAAUCACAGCUACCGGGGGAGAAGGGCAGGAAAGAUCAACAACCUGUGUGUGUGUGUGUGUGUUUGUGUGUAUGUGUGUGUGUGUGUGUGUAACUUUAAGUGCCAAGGGAAAAUUGGGUCAGCGAGAGAGGAAGAGAGGGAGAGAAGCCUGUGUGAGAGGAGGCAAGACACACUGGGAGAGGGGGAGACGGACAGAGAAAUGAAGGGAAAUCCUCUGUAGCCCUUGAACUACAGUAACAAGUGGUCACUUGAGUAAUCACUGGUGAUUCAGAGAGAAAUACACGUUCCUGAAAAAUGGCAAGCCUCCCCAAAGAGCCACCCGAAGAUGCCAAGAAACAAAGCUUCUGGAUGCCUGGGAAUUAUGCACGCACAGUGCACCGGACUGAACAAUCCUUCCAGGCCUGCAACGACAUUGUGGCCUGCUUCAUGGAGAGGGCAAAAGUAGAAAAACAGUACGCCCAGCAGCUCAGUCAGUGGAGCAGCAAGUGGAAGACCAUAGUGGAUUCUCGGCCACUGUAUGGCUCCCUCAUGAGGGCGUGGCAGUGCUUCUUCACUUCCACCGAGCGCUUGUCCGCCCUCCACGCCUCCAUCUCCCAAUCUCUCAUUGCUGAGGAGGGGCACCGGGUGAAGAACUGGCAGAAGGAGACCUUUCCGAAGAAGAUCUUUUGUGGGUUCAGGGAGAGCCACGACAACAACACCAGCUUUUCACGAUCCCAAAAACCCUGGUCCAAAAAGCUGAUAAAGCUGGAGAAGGUCCGAGUUGCGUACCACAAGUCAUGCCAGAGGGAGCUGACAGCCCUGGAAAAAGAGAAACAGGCAAAUGAAAACACUGAGAUGAGUCCAGAGAAAAAGCAGAAGAUCACGGAGGCCAGAGAAAAGGUCACAGAGGAGAAAGAAAAGACCAGAGAACGCUAUGAGAAAAUGCUGGAGGAUGUGACGUCCUACACGCCUCGCUACAUGGAGGAGAUGGAAGCCAUAUUUGAACAGUCGCAGGAGGAGGAGAGGAAGAGGAUCAGCUUUCUGAAGCAGGCUUUCCUCUCCAUCCACAGGCAUCUGGACAUCACCAACAACGAGAGUGUGAAGGCAGUGUACAGUGAGCUCCAUCAAACCCUGAUGUCCAUCGAUGACCAGGAUGAUCUCAAAUGGUGGAAGCACAACCACGGUCCUGGCAUGCCCACCGACUGGCCGAAGAUUGAGGAAUGGGUACCACCAGUAAAAAAGCUAAACAGAAAGAAAAGAGACCAGCAAAGAAAAGAGAGGGGGCCUGUGAUGAUUGGGGGUGUGAAGGUGCGAGCUCUGUACGACUAUGUCGGAGAGGAGGGCGAUGAGCUUUCCUUUAAAGCAGGUGAAGUGUUCCUGAAGGUUGAAGAGGAGGAUGACCAGGGCUGGUGUCGAGGAGUGCUGAGCGGGGGGAAGGAGGGCUUCUACCCGGCCAAUUAUGUUGAAGCUGUCGAGUGACAUCACACUGUCCAAACUUUUAUGUCCUACAGUAAAUUCUCACAGAGAGUUAUAGUUUUUACAUUUUCAAAAAAUAACAAUUAUUAUCGUUUAACGUGUAAGAUGUGUGUGAUUCUGAGUUGCGUCAGAUGUAAUCUGUUUCCAAUGUUAAGUUUGAAAUGAUACGUUUUAAGGCUCUUGAUAUUCUAACCUACUGGUUUGAGUUCUACAAUAUGAAUUAACUUAUCAAAGACUAAAAUGUACUGUGAGCGUGAGUGUGUAUGUGUGGUGGCUUGCAUGUGUGCAAAAGAGAACAAGAGAGAUAAGAUAUUUAUUUACUUCCAUCACGUCUGAGUCAAUAGAUCACUGUAAUGAAGAUAGCUGUUAAUGAUACUGUACAUGAGGUUUACCCAGGCACAGGUUUACAAUGAUGCGAGCACACAAGGUUAAUGUUUACUUAUGACGUAUUAUGUAGAAACCAAAGCACACAUAUGUUACUUUGACUGAGGAGAAUGGAUUUUCACAAUAAAAGUGUAUUUGUUUUGCCUACGA